UCUAACGUUCACUCUCCCCGUAUAAAAUCCAGCUCUCCAGGCAAGCAAAGCACCAAACUCACUUAACAGCACUCAAUAAUGAUGACGAUCCCGUUCUUUACCCUAACUAUCGUCCUUUUCCUAUCCUCAGCCGCCGCGUCGAAGCAUGGUGCAUCCCAAGAUCUGGUCCGUUCCUCAUGCGUCCACGCAAGCUACCCAAGCCUCUGCCUACGAACCCUUUCUUCCUACUCUGGCCCUGCCAACACCCCACGUGACUUGGCCCAAGCUGCCGUCAAAGUCAGCCUCUCACGCGCCCGGAAAGCGUCAAACUAUUUGACAACCAGUGUGACGGGGAAGAGCAAGAGGGAACGAGUAGCACUGAGUGACUGCGUGGAGCAGAUAGCAGAGUCGGUGGAAGAGUUGAGCAAGACCCUAAGGGAGUUGAAGCACUUGAGAGGGGAAACAUUCGAGUUGCAGAUGAGUAAUGCGCAGACUUGGGUUAGUGCGGCUCUGACGAAUGAGGACACGUGUCUUGAUGGGUUUGAAGGAGUUGAUGAGAAGGUGAAAUCUGAUCUGAAGAGGAAGAUCAGAAAUGUGGCUAAAGUUACCAGUAAUGCUUUGUAUAUGAUCAAUAGACUUGAAUGAUGGACAGUUGUGAUUUAGCUAGAUUAUCAUGUUUAUGGUGUUUUCUUCAGUUGCUCUUGUUUUUUUGCAGAAGGUAUACGUAAUAUUUUACUACUUAUAUAUUUUACUUUUAUGUCAGA